AUGCGCUCCUCUCAUGUGUCACCCUUCACCGACAGCCUUAUCAAGGAGUCAUCACUGAGCUGUCACCUGCUGUGUGACGGCUGUCUGCUGAGUGAUGCUGACAUCUUUUUGAAGGAGAUGAACAGCAGUCAAGUUGCAGUCUACCAGCAUUCUUUCUUGGCAUCAUACCUCAUCUACAACCUGUACACAAGGGAAGUGCGGGAGCUGAAUCCUCCUGAGGUGUCCGAUUCAGUCCUCCAGUUUGCCUCGUGGGGCGUUCGAGGUCAGCAGCUGCAUUUUGACUUGUGGAAUUUAUUAAUUUAUUUGCUUUCUGUCCUGCAGAUAUAUAUAUUUGAAAACAACAUUUACUACCAGACGGAUGUUCAGAGCAGCUCAUGGAGGCUCACGUCUUCCGGACAGGAAGGCAUCAUCUUUAACGGCAUCGCAGACUGGCUGUAUGAGGAGGAGGUGUUGCACACACAGGUGGCCCACUGGUGGUCACCUGACGGCUCCAGACUGGCCUACCUGACUGUCAACGACUCCCUGGUUCCGAACAUGUUCCUGCCCCGCUUCACAGGCUCGCUGUACCCCAGGGGGAGGGAGUACCCUUAUCCAAAGAUGGGUCAAAUCAAUCCCACGGUCAGGCUCUACGUCGUCACUGUGGACGGCAGCUCCCUAACAACUGAACUGAGGCCUCCUGACAGUUUUGAGAAGAGUGAGUACUACGUCACCAUGGUGAAGUGGGUGACUCGGGAGAGGCUGAGUGUGCGCUGGGUGAAUCGGGCUCAAAAUGUGUCAAUUCUUUCGCUGUGCGACGUCACAACGAGCGACUGCACAAAGAAACACGUGAUGACGUCGGAAAAGUGGCUCGAUCGACAGAAUGAGGAGCCAGUGUUUUCUAAGGACUGCACAAGAUUCUUCAUCUCUGUGCCCUUGAAACACGGCGGCCACGGGACAUUCACCCAUAUCACCAUGAUCUCCAGCCCAUCCGAAGGUCAAGAGGGCAGCGUUCGCCACCUGACCUCAGGAAGCUGGGAAGUCUCUCAAAUCCUGGCCUUUGACGAGAACACGAACUCAGUUUAUUUCUCAAGCUCAGAGGGAGGCUCGACACAGCAGCAGCUGUACAGAGUCUCCACCGUGGAUCCGUUUCACAAAGAAUGCCUCACCUGCUCCCUCUUCAAAUUAAAGUGCACCUACUACGACUCGAUCCUCAGCCCGGACUUCCAACACGUCCUUCUCAACUGCAGAGGUCCUGGAAUCCCUCAGACUACUCUUCACAAACUCAGUGAAAUGAACAAGCACAGGACUCUGGAGGGGAACUCAGUGUUAAGACAUGCCCUGAUGAACAGGACACUACCCAAGUGGGAAAGAAGAACUGUGCAAAUCAACAACUUCGCACUUCGUCUGGAGUUGAUUGUCCCAGUAGCUUUGGAUGAAACGAAGGAGCACCCACUUUUACUGAUUCUUGACAGCUCCCCUGGUGGCCAGGCCGUGAGUGACCGUUUCUUCCUCAGCUGGGACUCUGUGCUGGUCAGCUCGGACGGCGUCAUCGUGGCUCGUCUGGACGGCCGGGGCAGCGGCUUCCAGGGUCAGAGGAUCCUGCACGAGGUCCACCAGAGGCUGGGAACCGUUGAUGUUCAGGACCAGAUUACAGCUCUGGAGCACCUGGUCAGGCUGCCGUAUGUUGAUGGCAACAGAGUUGGGGUUUAUGGAAAGGCGUAUGGAGGAUUUCUCUCCUCCCUCCUGCUCCUCUCCCACAGCUCUGUUUUCCGCUGUGGCAUCGCUGCAGCUCCAAUAACGAACUGGAGACUCUACGGGUCGGCCCACGCUGAGAAAUACUUUGGCUCUGCAGUGAAAGAGGAUCCCAAAUACCAAAUCUCCGGUCUGCUCAGUAACAUCACAGCGCUGAGUCCUCUGAACUUUCUUAUCAUCCACAGCACAGCAGACGCCACUGUUCAUUUCCAGCAUUCUGCCGAACUGGUCAAGCUGCUGUCUGCGGCAAAUGUUAAUUACACUCUCCAGAUUUUCCCCGAUGAAGGCCACAACAUCGUCUCAGCCAAAAGCCGACACUACAUGCUGCACUCCGUGCUCACCUUCUUCAGGCGCUGCUUUGAGGAGGAGCAGGCUGUUGUCCCGGAGACAACUAAAGAAGACAACUAACCUGCGGAGCCUCCUGCGGUGACUCAGUUUGGCCGAGCAAACGCCAUCAUGAGCCAACAAAGAAAGGUUGUGUCUUCCCGGAAGGCCUGCAGACCCACAGUGUGUAAGAUACCGUAUGUAGCAUAUCGAGGCCAGCGGGGCGCUUCCAAGGUUGUGCCGUUUUAGCUGUUGAAGUGAAAAGGUGGUCGCAUCGUCGCUGUAUUUUAAUACUUUAGCUCAUUAUUAUGGUGUGUAAUGUUUGUACGAGCCUCUCCAUCAGCCUGUUUGUUCUCCUGUGUGGUUAAACUGGUUUUGGACUUCCCCACUUCCUGUUCCUCACGUGCGUCUGAUCUCUCUUGGCUGGUUUGUUUGUCUCAUGUACUGAAUCCAAAUGUCAGGGAAUCAAUUUUAAAUAAAAAUCUUUGGCCGGCCACUGUAACCUACUGUGAAUAUUUCGAUUUACUACGAACAAAACAACUUAAUGCCAAAUUCAGACCACAUCACAAAACAUUAUUUGCAGGUGCCUUUACCUUCCAUCCAUUCGACAUUAUGAGAAGUCACUCUGGUGGCUCCAAUUAGAUGAUGAAGCACUGGGGUUUACCAGAACUUCUGUAUUUUUAAAAGAUGAUUUCAAUGAUUCCUCGUUUUGCCCAUAAGACUGACAAACUAUUGCCACAUGGUGGUUUUAAUCUCAGGUAGUCAUUACCUGAAACGGUUCACCAUCAUCUGCACUGGUCAGGGUUUUAAAUCCUGUGUGGAGCACAGCGGUGGGAAACGUUUUUCAGUGAUACUGUUUGUAGCUGAACUCUCUAGUCCUGUCAUUUAAAAGCCUGUCCAGACAGACGUUCUCGUAUGGUGCAGCGAAUCUCUGGCUUUCUCUGCAGUAAAGUUGUGUGAAAGAGAGCGAGUCAAAAACGUUCCUGCUAAUCAUUAAUAGCAGUAACACCAAUACGAUGGCAGAAAAGAAUUAAAGUCAU